CCACUCCCACCAUGGAGACAUCGGGCACGAUUACUUGGAAAGUCGGCCAAGACACGGUCCAGACCGCCUACUGGGUCUACGGCGACCUCAGCAAAGCCGCGAUCCCGCUCAUCGUGCUGCACGGCGGCCCGGGCGUUCCGCACGGCUACAUCCAGCCCCUCGCGCAGCUCGCCCAGCGCGGGGCCCACAACGCGGUGAUCAUGUACGACCAGCUCGGCUGUGGGCGCUCGACGCACCUCGCGGACAAGCCGGGCGCGUUCUGGACCGUCGAGCUGUUCAUGGACGAGCUCGAGCACGUGGUGGCGCACUUGCGCAUCGGCCGGUUCGCGCUGCUCGGGCACUCGUGGGGCGGCAUGCUCGCCGCGACGUACGCCGCGCACCGGCGGCCCGCGCACCUGCACCGCCUCGUCAUCUCCGACUCGCCGGCGUCGAUGGCGCUGUGGGUCGAGGGGUGCGGCCAGCUGCUGGCGCAGUUCCCCGCGGGCUUCCGCGCGCUGCUGGCCCGCCACGAGGCGGCCGGGACGACCGAGAGCCAGGAGUACCAGGACGCGCUGCAGGAGUUCUACAGAAAGCACGUGUGUCGGCUGGAGGUCUGGCCCGAGGAUCUGAACCAGGCGUUUGCGGACCUCGCAAAGGAUCCGACGGUGUACAUGACGAUGAAUGGGCCGUCCGAGUUCACGGUCACGGGCUCGCUCAAGACCUGGUCCGUCGUCGACGAGCUGCAGCACAUCACAGCCCCGACGCUCGUGCUCAACGGCCGCUUCGACGAGGCGCGCAACCUCGCCGUCGCGCCGUUCUUCACGCACAUCCGUGGUCCCGUCAAGUGGGUCGAGUUCGCCGAGAGCAGCCACAUGCCGUUCUACGAGGAGCAGGAGCGCUACCUCGAGGUCGUCGCAGAGUUCCUGGCCCAGUAGGUUCCGUAGCUAGCACGUCCAAGUCACAUCCAAGGGUUUCAUAAGUGGUAGUAGGUGGUAGUCCAAAGAGUUAUCGCG